UCCACACAUUGGUGUGGUUUCACUGCUAAAUGCUCUGAAUUCAAGCGAUGAUCUUGUCCUCGCUUCCAUGGCGAUCCCAUCCCUCCGGCCAUGCUCUCAUCCCCCCUUAUCACGGCUCAGGCUUCUUCUUCAUCGGCCGGCGGUUGCGUUCCUCUGAUAAUGUGCUGAGGCGUCUGAUAUGAACGGCGGUGAUGUUGUUGGUUCAAUGUGUUCGUUUUCAAAUAGUUUGAGUUCAUCAUGGAUUAGGGUUCCAUUUCAUGGGAGGAGUAUGUGGAGAGUUUGUUUUAGGAAAGAAGGGAACUUGAAUGGUUGUAAAGGUUUGUCUUUUGAGAAACAAUAUGGAUCAUUGAUCAAACCAGUUGUUAAUGCUGAGCUGAAUGGCUUGCUUCAGCUUCCCAGUGAGGAUAAUGCUGGGAACUCUGAUUUUGGGGUUGAUUCGGGCUGUUCUGGUGAUCAUUCUUUUGAUGUAGAUGAUAUGGAAAGGCUGAGAAGAAGGAAGAUAUCAGAAGCAAAUAAAGGGAAAGUUCCAUGGAACAAGGGCAGGAAACAUAGUGCAGAAACCAUUCGGCGGAUCCGUGAAAGGACUAAGAUUGCAAUGCAAGACCCCAAGGUUAAAAUGAAGUUAACAAACUUGGGGCAUCCUCAGAGUGAGGAGACAAGAGUUAAAAUUGGUAUAGGAAUUCGACAAGGUUGGCAACGGCGCCGUAGAAGGUUUCAGGUCCAAGAGAAGUGCUUCUUUGAAUGGCAGAAUAUUAUUGCAGAAUCAUCUAGGAUAGGUUGUGUUGGUGAACAAGAAGUGCAAUGGAAUUCAUAUGAGAUCUUGAAGGAACAACUCAACCAAGAGUGGUUGAAGAGCAUUGAGAAGAGGAAAACCAGGCCAAAAGGAAGCAGAAGAGCUCCCAAAUCCCUUGAGCAGCGGAGGAAGAUAUCAUUGGCCAUAGCUGCCAAAUGGGCAGAUCAAGGAUACCGUGAGCGAGUUUGCUUGGCACUGGCUAGAUAUCAUGGAAAAUCUAUUGGAGCUCUAACGAAACCAAGGAAAAACUCAUCUGGUGGAAUUCAAUCUCAGGGAGAGGGGCGAAAAACAAAGAAAGCUAUGAAGUUGACUGAGAAAGUAGACAAUGUGACAACAGAAACCAAAGGAGUGACAUUUAGAAAUACUAAAAAUACUCCCCUUUCUUAUACAGAUCUGUUAUCAGAUUUCAAGCUGGCGUUUAUAAAGCAAAUAAAAGUGAAAAGGGAAGCAAUGGAAAAUCAAAAGAAACAUGCUCUCGCAAGAGCAAAGCUAUUGAUUACGGAAGCUGAAAAAGCUGCCGACGCCCUUGAACUGUUUGCAGAAAAGAGCCCUUCUGCCUUUGCUGCACUUAUGGAAGCCAGGAAGAUGGUUGCCGAGGCUAAGCGAACAAUUGGAAGUGUAGACAUCAGGGAGUUGAAUACUCAGGCCAAUGGACAUGAUGCUGAAAACCUCUUGUCGAACGAAAAUUUGUAUGAAUUCUCCAGUUUUGACAACUCCUUACGAGAGCCAGAAAAUGCAGGACAAAUAGCAGAUGCAGUGAAUGAUUUACGUUUCAAAGCUGCUCCUGCGAAAAACACGAAAAAAUGGGUGCAGGGAAAGCUUGUUGAAGUUCAAGAAGAUUAAGAAAAGCUCAAAUGUGAACUGCAAACGUACAAUUUGAUAGUUUAGCCUGUUUGCUAACUUUUGUCCUUUGUAUAUAUCACUUCUAACAUCUUUGAAACUGCAUGAUAAAUUGCAAAAUGAAUUAGGUUUUGGUCCA